GGGACGCAGGUUGGGACUCGGUUGGAGGGAUUAUGCAUGCUUCGUGGGGGUCGGGGGCGGCCUCACGGCUCCGGAAUCUCCUUGUCUCCGCAUCGUGGGAGCAGACCGGGGAAGUCGCGCAAAGUUGGAGAUGCAAAUGUUACGUGUGGGCGCUUAUAGAGCGAAGAAACAUUUGAGUCGCCCAGAAGUCUCGCAUUCUCAAAUUAUCGAAAGUGCACAAGCUAUACAUAGUUCAUGAUUUUAAAAAAAUUAUAUUAUCUUUCGGAUCGCAAGACUGGGUACAAAGUUAUUCUGAAUACGGUGACCGGAUCGCCAACACUUUUCGCGAACAAUAAAGCGGAUCGGCGUUUUCUUCCCAUUUUUCGCUUCAAAAGGCUGUUGACCUGGAUGGCCCCGUGCUGAUGCCCCCGCCACAUACAUGGAGAACGUCCUGCAGUAGAACAGGCCACAGCACGAUGGCACCGUGGAUCGUGCUGCUGUUCUGGGCUCUUUUCAGCCUCCCUUUGGUUUCCCAGAGUCGCCCUGCUGUCAAGGAUCCAGCUACUGGUGAAGUGCAGGUGACGCUGCACACCCUGCUCCCUGGCAGUCGGUUGGAUCUGCAGUGCUAUGACACGGACGACUACCAGGUGGUGAGGUGGACCAAAGACCAGGUGGCACUGUUGGACGGCGAGCGCGUGCAUCUGCGCGACGGCCACCUGGAGAUCGACCCCCUCGAUGUGUCCGACUCCGGCUACUACGCCUGUUUCUCCCAUGGUCCCUAUGGCAACCAUAGCAACUACUUCUCUGUUAACGUCACAGCCGAUGCACUGCUGUCCUCUGAGGACGAGGAUGAAGACGAGUCUUCCUCAGAAGAGGCAAAGCUGCCCAACUCUACGAAGCUACCCAUGCCCCCCCAGUGGGCCCAGCCGGAGAAGAUGGAGAAGAAGCUGCACGCCGUGCCGGCCAGCAAGACCGUUAAGUUCCGAUGCCAGGCAAAUGGGAAUCCCAGCCCCACGCUCAAGUGGUUCAAGAACGGCAAGGAAUUCAAGAGGGACCAGCGCAUUGGCGGCUUCAAGGUCCGAGAGCAUGUUUGGACCAUAAUCAUGGAGUCCGUGGUGCCCUCGGACAAGGGGAACUACACCUGUGUGGUGGAGAACAAAUAUGGCAGCAUCAACCACACCUACCAGCUCGACGUCGUCGAGCGCUCCCCCCACCGGCCCAUCCUCCAAGCUGGGCUGCCGGCCAAUCGUACGGCAGUAGUGGGCAGUGACGUGGAGUUUGUCUGCAAGGUGUUCAGCGACCCCCAACCUCACAUCCAGUGGCUGAAGCACAUCGAGGUCAACGGCAGCCGCGUUGGCCCCGACGGCCUGCCUUACGUGCGCAUCCUCAAGAGUGCUGGCCUUAACACCACGGACAAGGAAAUGGAAGUUCUCCAGCUACGGAAUGUGUCUUUUGAUGACGCGGGGGAAUAUACCUGUUUGGCGGGCAAUUCUAUCGGGUAUUCUCACCACUCUGCAUGGUUGACCGUUUUUAAAGGUAUAAAUGGUUCGGCUCCUUCUCUUGACUUCCUUCCUCUCCUAAACCUUCCGCUCGCCCUCCUCCCUUCCCUCCACGUGUCGGUGGACUCCAGUUCCUCCCUGAACUCGGGGGUGAUGCUGGUCCGUCCCUCGCGCCUCUCCUCCAGCGGCCUGCCCAUGCUGUCCGGCGUCUCGGAGUACGAGCUGCCGCAGGAUCCCCGCUGGGAGGUGCCGCGCGACAGGCUGGUGCUUGGGAAGCCCCUUGGGGAGGGAUGCUUUGGCCAGGUGAUGAUGGGAGAGGCCAUUGGACUGGACAAGGAGAAACCCAACCGAGUGACCAAGGUGGCCGUUAAGAUGCUGAAAUCCGACGCGACCGAGAAGGACCUGUCAGACCUCAUUUCUGAGAUGGAGAUGAUGAAGAUCAUCGGGAAGCACAAGAACAUCAUCAACCUGCUGGGUUCCUGCACCCAGGAUGGACCUCUCUACGUGAUCGUGGAGUACGCAUCCAAAGGCAACCUGAGAGAAUACCUUCGAGCCCGCCGCCCCCCCGGCAUGGAGUACUGCUACAAUCCCGACCAGGUGCCCGUGGAGAACAUGUCCAUCAAGGAUCUCGUCUCCUGCGCCUACCAGGUGGCUCGGGGGAUGGAGUAUCUCGCUUCCAAAAAGUGUAUCCAUAGAGACCUGGCCGCUCGCAACGUCCUGGUGACCGAGGACAGCGUGAUGAAGAUCGCCGACUUCGGCUUGGCCCGUGAUAUCCACCACAUCGAUUACUACAAGAAGACCACCAAUGGUCGAUUGCCUGUGAAGUGGAUGGCACCAGAAGCUCUGUUUGACCGGGUAUACACACACCAGAGUGACGUGUGGUCGUUCGGCGUGCUGCUGUGGGAGAUCUUCACGCUGGGCGGCUCCCCAUACCCUGGGGUGCCGGUGGAGGAGCUCUUCAAGCUGCUGAAGGAGGGCCACCGCAUGGACCGCCCAUCCACCUGCACCCACGAGCUGUACAUGAUGAUGCGUGACUGCUGGCACGCGGUGCCCUCUCAGAGGCCCACCUUCAAGCAGCUCGUUGAGGACCUGGACCGUAUCCUGGUCAUGUCGUCCAAUCAGGAGUACCUGGACCUGUCCAUGCCCCUGGACCAGUACUCCCCCAGCUACCCCGACACACGUGGCUCCACAUGUUCCUCGGGGGAGGACUCCGUGUUCUGCCAUGACGCCGGCGCCGAGGAGCCCUGCCUGCCCAAGUUCCCCCCCCAGCCCAACGGGCCGGCCUUCAAGAAGCGCUGACGACCUGAUGCCAAAGCGGUCCUCCCCAUCAUCCUCCUGUUCUCACACCACACUGCCGUGUCUCCAUGGGGCCUCCCUGCUGGCCUGGACUCGCAUAGAGAUGAACCUUUCUAUGGGGGGGGGGGACGGACCUCACUUUUAAACGUCCACUUUAUAAUUAUGAAUUUGAACAUUUUGACUGCCUUCGAAUAGCCUGGACCUGGACUGAAGGCACUCAGUGGAGCACUCAGAGAUGGAGCAGGCGCUGGGGAGGAUGGGCUGGGGGGGGGGGCGACACUGGGGACAAGUGCCCCUACCCUUGUCCUACCUCCCCAUUACAGAGGAGACUCAUUCUUUUUGCUCUUCAGACAUUUUCUCAAAACAAACAGAGAUCCUGCCAAGGAAAACCUUGCACCUUGAUUUGCUCCACAGUCGGCCAACACAUUUGGACCCAACGGCAUUGUGUAAAUACAGUUAUAAAUUUAUAAAUGAAUAUAUAUUUCUUAUGUACUCAUGUUUAUUUUAUUUUGUCCCCUCUUUGUACACGGACACCCCCAGUGGAGUAGGGUACGAGUGAUGUGACGAAUCCCUGCUGAAAUUGUAUUGACCGUUAACUGGCCAGUUGCCCUGGGUUUGCUUAAAGCCCUAGCUGCUCCAAUACAGGUACUCUGUUCCUUAAUCACGCUGCACCCUCGCGCUGCCCCAGCGGGAUCGUGGACGUCGGACCCAGGGGAGACGCUGGUGGAUCCCAUAUCCCACGUGUGACACGUCCUCAGUCGCCGAUGCCUGCUGGUGACAAUCCGAGAAGCCGUGUCUCGUGGUGGCAGCGACGAUGGUCCGUCUCUGCUUGCAUUUCUGUUGUUCUCUGAAAGGCACGAUCGACUGUGACCGUCUUGUCUGUUAAGCGUCAGAACGAUGUGCAUAAAGGAGUUUGGUGCACUUUACUGCUGCAUAUGUCAAAUAGGAGCUGCAUGUUUCUGUACCCGCAGAGACCACUAGGGGGCAUGCUUCUGGCAGACCUCUGACUUUGGGGCUCUUGCGGGAAAUGCUUGUGUCAUCGUAAAGGAUCAUCAUAAAUAAAGAGCUAUUAAAAAUUCAUUCCCUCAGA